AUGAAAGAGAAGUCCAAAAAUGCUGCCCGGACUAGGAGGGAGAAGGAAAACAGUGAAUUUUAUGAACUGGCCAAAUUACUGCCUUUGCCCUCGGCUAUCACCUCACAGCUGGACAAAGCAUCCAUAAUCAGACUCACAACCAGCUAUCUCAAAAUGAGAGUAGUGUUCCCAGAAGGGCUCGGCGAGGCGUGGGGCCACUCGAGUCGCACCAGCCCCCUGGACAACGUAGGCAGAGAACUGGGCUCCCAUCUGCUCCAGACCCUGGAUGGCUUCAUCUUUGUGGUGGCCCCAGAUGGGAAGAUCAUGUACAUCUCAGAGACAGCCUCAGUCCACCUGGGUCUUUCUCAGGUAGAGCUGACUGGGAACAGCAUUUAUGAAUACAUCCACCCAGCCGACCACGACGAGAUGACCGCGGUGCUUACAGCUCAUCAACCCUACCACUCUCACUUCGUCCAGGAAUACGAGAUCGAGCGCUCCUUCUUCCUCAGAAUGAAGUGCGUCUUGGCCAAGAGGAACGCGGGCCUCACCUGCGGUGGUUACAAGGUCAUUCACUGCAGCGGCUACCUGAAGAUCCGCCAAUACAGCUUGGACAUGUCCCCCUUCGAUGGCUGCUACCAGAACGUGGGCCUGGUGGCUGUGGGCCACUCGCUGCCUCCCAGUGCCGUCACGGAGAUCAAGCUGCACAGCAACAUGUUCAUGUUCCGCGCCAGCCUGGACAUGAAGCUCAUCUUCCUGGACUCCAGAGUGGCGGAGCUGACGGGGUACGAACCUCAGGACCUAAUUGAGAAGACGUUGUACCACCACGUGCACGGCUGUGACACCUUCCACCUGCGCUGCGCCCACCACCUGCGUAAGGCGCCACUCUUCCCGGCACAGGACGUCCCUCGCGCGGCCUGGGGAGGGGAAAGGGCGGACACGGAAUACAAAGGUUUGCAGCUCUCCCUGGAUCAGAUCUCAGCCUCUAAACCAGCCUUCUCCUACACCAGCAGCUCCACCCCUACCGUGACUGACAACAGGAAGGGGGUCAAGUCCAGGCUCUCCGGCUCAAAGUCAAAAUCCAGGACUUCCCCAUAUCCUCAGUAUUCGGGAUUUCACACGGAAAGAUCUGAAUCUGAUCACGACAGCCAGUGGGGUGGAAGUCCUCUGACAGACACAGCCUCUCCGCAGCUCCUGGACCCCGCGGAGAGGCCAGGAUCUCAGCAUGACGCGUCGUGCGCCUACAGACAGUUCUCUGACCGCAGCUCUCUCUGCUAUGGCUUUGCGCUGGACCAUUCCAGGCUGGUGGAGGAGAGGCAUUUCCACACCCAGGCCUGCGAGGGAGGCCGGUGUGAGGCAGGCAGGUACUUCCUGGGAACGCCGCAGGCCGGGAGGGAGCCCUGGUGGGGCUCUCGUGCAGCCUUGCCCCUGACCAAGUCCUCCCCAGAAAGCAGAGAAGCCUAUGAAAACAGCAUGCCUCACAUCGCUUCAGUGCACAGGAUCCACGGGCGAGGUCACUGGGAUGAAGAUAGCGUGGUGAGUUCUCCAGACCCUGGAUCUGCCAGCGAAUCAGGUGAUCGAUACCGCACUGAGCAGUAUCAAAGUAGCCCACAUGAACCUAGCAAAAUUGAAACUCUGAUAAGAGCCACCCAGCAAAUGAUUAAAGAAGAAGAGAACAGAUUGCAGCUAAGGAAAGCCCCCCCAGACCAACUGGCCUCCAUUAAUGGAGCUGGGAAAAAACACUCCCUCUGUUUUGCAAACUAUCAACAGCCCCCACCAACAGGGGAAGUCUGCCACGGCUCUGCUCUUGCCAACACUUCACCAUGUGACCACAUCCAGCAGAGAGAGGGAAAGAUGCUGAGCCCCCACGAAAAUGACUAUGACAACAGUCCCACUGCACUGUCUCGAAUAAGUAGUCCCAAUUCGGAUCGCAUUUCAAAAUCCAGUUUGAUCCUAGCUAAAGACUAUCUACAUUCGGAAAUGUCUCCACAUCAGACCGCGGGAGACCAUCCCGCCGUCUCUCCAAACUGCUUUGGUUCUCACCGGCAGUAUUUCGAUAAGCAUGCUUACACAUUAACUGGAUAUGCCCUGGAGCACUUAUAUGACACUGAAACCAUUAGAAACUAUUCCUUGGGCUGUAAUGGCUCACACUUUGAUGUAACUUCCCAUCUAAGGAUGCAGCCAGACCCAGCACAAGGACACAAGGGAACAUCUGUUAUAAUAACCAAUGGAAGCUGA